CCCAAGACUUUGGAAUUUCCAAAAAUGGUAUUCUUAUUUCACAGAUGUAAUACCGAAAGCAGUUAUUAUUCUUAAUAACAGGUGCCUACAGAAAAGUUAACCAUGGAACUGUCAACCAUAGCCCUUCCUUAUGGAAAGAUUUAUCACUUAUUUUUGUCCUUUUGUCAAGAAGACGAGGAACGGGUCCGUUCGUUGUUGCAUGAGCUUGAAGAUAAGUAUGCACUAAAAUGUUUAUAUCAUAUCAGAGACUUUCGACCUGGAGUGGCUGUUACAGAAAAUAUUUUGGAUGGUAUCGAGAAGAGUAUGAAAAUAGUUUACUUUGUAUCUCAGAAGUUCAAAGAAAGUGAAAUGUGCAAAAUGGAAGUUCUAUACGGAAUCAUGGCAUCACACAAACAGUGUGAGAAUAGCAUGAUCCCAAUUUUACUGGAGCCGAUUGAAAUGCCUCGGGAGCUGCAGACUAUUAACUAUGUUGACGGAACAUUAGAAGGAACAGAUGUAGCGAACAAGAUUUACAACGCUUGUCUUUUCGGGGCGACAGAAAACUGUGUUUUACCAAAUAUAAUCCCAUUUCAGGGAUUGACAAAUGGCACUCCACUGCGAGUUAUCCGGAGAAAAGAUAGGAUUAACUGGUGCAUACCUUUUACAUAUUUUUUAGAAGAUACAGAGCUGCGAAAACAAGUAAAUGAUGAAACUAGAUCUCGACAAAUUGAUGACCUAUGCAACGAGAUUGUGGAGGAGUUAAACACAAGUAGGUACAGAACAAGAUAUAUUUUGUACAGUGCCUCAUUUUGGGGUCGUUUGUGGUGUUUUCUUGUGUUGGGAGCUCCUGCGCUGACCGUGUUGCCUCUCCUGAUUGUUCUCAUCAAAGAGGGAGAAAUAACAGAGCAAACACUGGCAGGCGUCUGCUCUACACUAGUUGUCGUACCUAUAGUUGCAGUAUCUAUCUUCCUUUGCUGUUGUUUUGGCAAAAAUAUGAUUAAGGGAAGAAAACUGCUGGAGAAAAUUACGUGGAAGCACUUGAGUACUAAUUAUCAAACACUGAUGGUUCUUCCUCUUAUCCGAUCUACUGAAGAGAUUGUCUUCAUUAACUAUGACACAGAUCCCUGUAAAAAGUUUUGCAUCUGUGUCCUAAAGCGCAAGAUUGAAGAUGAGGAAGAAAUUCAGAAAAAGGCGGAUUCUAUGAUUUUGGAAUUCAUUUUCAAACAUCGAUUGGUGUUGGCUCACUGGCAUGGUCUGGAGGACUUCAAGUAUAACCGUCACAACACUUACUUCCAAAAGAAAUGUAUCUGUCAGUACCUUGAGCCCAGUCUUGUUUCUGAUUCUCUCUUAUAAAGAUGACUUGUAAAAGUUUGCCAUUUUUAAAAGAACUUUUGAUCCUUUAUCAAAACUAUGCUUUAGUAUUCAUAGACAGAGGAAAUAGAUUGUCCACAUUUUUGUUAUAACACUGUUUUAUCUUAAUCGUACGUAUUUUAUGCAUAAUGUUGAUGUUAAACUUUUGCGAAAUUUGUGUUUAUUUUCUCAUUCUUAUAAAGUUUAAUGGUUUUGUCGUUAAGAAUGCUUUUAUUAUUUUUAAUCAUAUUGAAACGUGAAAAAUGAUACAAAUCUUUUUUACAGCUUUAUUUUAUCUAGGAAUGUCGUUUCUAGCUCUUUCGCGAUCUGGUUUUCAGUUAUUAGUUCGGAUGUAAGGUAAUAUUGUGAAGUAAUCGAUGUCAAUCCUUUAAAAUUUGUUCAUUGAGCGGGUCAUUAUAAGAGUUAACGAUCAGUCAACAUAAACACAGUCUUUUGAUCUUUUUGUUUAAGGUUAAGAUAGAUAUAACAGGUAUUAUCUUAUAUUGAUAAACAUGUUUAAAUUCUGAAAAAAACCCAGUAAUUUUUAUUAUAAAAUGACCACGAAGCAGAUAUGGCAAUGUUGAGUGGCAGGUAGGAAAUUUAUGCUUUGAAAAUUAGGCCUCAAAUAAGCAUAUACAAUGCUUAGAAAUAUAGUUUUUAUAUUUCUUAUCCGUUUUGUUGAUAUCUAUAGCCGUUAUGUUCAUCAUUUUAGUCAGAUACAAGUAUUACUAAAUGUUUGCUUUCGUUAUUCUUUUUUAAAAUAUAAAUUAAUGCUAGAAUUGUAUUAAAUAGACACAAAGCUAACAUGAGAUAAAAUGCACUAUAUACCUAUCAUUGUGAGAUUUAGUUUCUUAAGAUAUCUUAUUUUAAUAUUUAAUAAAAAGUUGUUCAAUAUGCUUAUGUUUAUUUUAGAAAAAAAAACCGAAAUAUGUCUGUUAAUAUUUUUUAAGUAUAAGAUAUCUUAUUCAACAAAAAUGAUAAUUAUAUACAAAAAAAAAUGAAGCAUUAUGUUA